AUGGAAUCUUCAACUCUGCCGGCGCAUCUGAACUACCUCAACGAUGCGGCUCACCUCCUCAGGACAUCUGCCCCCGAGACUUCGGCCUACCUCAUGAACCACCACAACGAGCUAAUGUUUCUCAACGACAUUGAACAAAACGACGUUCGACGGCAGCACGUCUGCGGUGCUUGCGGCCACAUCAUGAUCCCCGGCCAGGGCACUGCACUCAAGCUCGAGACCGAGAAGGCGCUGAAGAGGAAGCGACGCGGUGUCCAGUCGCGAGAUCCCAAAGCCAAGGAUGAGCCUCGGCCUCGUGUUGGGACGCGAAAGCUUUUCAAUUGCGGAAACUGCAGCCGAAUCACCAAGGUCUCAUUCCCCCCUCCGCCGCCGAUCCUAAGACGCCGGGAAAGGCGUGAGCAGCUCUCUGCGGCCAAGGGUCGCCAGUCUUCGAUGGCCGAGCCAGCUAAGCCGGCAACAUCCAAUUCUAGCAGCAAGAAGCGGGCGAAGAACCGCAAGGCCGGGCUGCAGGCUCUGCUGAAUCAAGCCAAGACGUCGUCCUCAGGGACCAGAAACUUGAGCCUUGCAGAUUUUGGACGAAUGGGGUGA